AUGUCAGUAUGUAUGUAUGCAGCAGCAGCAGCGCGCGCCCACUGGCGCGCGCCCACGCGCCUGGUGACGUUUCAGCGCGUCCUUGCGCGUGAACGACUUGCCGCAGCCCCGCUCGCACACGAACGGCCGCUCGCCGCUGUGCGUCUCGAUGUGCCGCUUCAGAUCGUGGUUCCGGUCGAACGACAGCGCGCAGAGGUGGCACGCGAACUCGCGGUCGGGGGACGCUGGAUACUCGACGUAGUACGAUUGCGACGCCAUCGAGCGCAGCAGACCCUCCACGCCCUAUAUAAAUCAGGAACCGUCGAUGUAUCUGCCAGCGCCUGCCAUCCGGAUCGAGCAGCCCAUGGGGGUGCAGACCAUACAUAGCUCGUCCCUGAGCCCCGCCCCGGGGAAAUACCCAGUCGAGCACCAUCUUCUCUCGACAUUGGCCCGGCAGAUCCCAUUUCAUUUCGCCGAUGGUCGUUAGACGAUCUGCCGGAACAAGGACCGGGCUAGGUGACCGUCAAGAUCUCAGCAAGCAGAGGAACAGACUGGGCGUCCUGGCGCAGAUGCUAUCACCGUUCGUUGCACAGUCAGACCCAGAACAGCCGGAAUGGGAGCGACUAGACAACGGAUGCUUGAUAACGGAAUCUAGCGAGAUGGCGAAAGUUUGUCGAUAUCCCCGGUGAUCUACAGCCCCCUCGUGUGCCUCGCAAGACGGGCGAGAGCUGUUAAUUUACUUGAUGAACCAAGCGACCGGACGUGCCCCUCGAAACGGCCAGAAUUUCGGCCGUCUUUUAUGAUCAGCGCUGCGCUGCGCUUAUUCCCCAGAUAUCCACCGGGUCAAUCAACAUGCGUCAUCCCCUCAUCUAUUGCGUCGCGCUGGCCGUCAGAUCGAGCGAUGGAGCCAGUGCCACGCGCAGUCGGUUGCUCUGCUAGACUCAAAGAGUUGUCUCACCGGCGCUCAACUACAGAGUAGCUGCUGCUUCGUGUGCGAACAACAUUGAUUGAUAUGAUACAAUCCCCGUGUCGUCGAGUUCUCGGUAUCAUGGCAGGCGAGGCUUCUGGUUACCAGAGUGAUUCAAGGAUUGCGGCUUGUUUCGUCCGUCUGCUGCCAUUGCCCUGUUCUUACACUUGACCCAGACGGAGAGUUGUGCGGACUCUCGAGCCCCUGCUUUCACCGGUGAAUCAGAGGUGUCGGGGCUUUUGACCAGGCGACACGAGUCAGAUAGUAUAGCCAGACGCAGACACGCAAGGUAUGCAUCAGUGGUGGAUCUUGACGUCGUCGUUGCUGCACAGAACAGAACGUCAGAACGCAGCGCCCCUAGUGCGGGGACUGCCACGAAUUUUGUUCGUGCUUAUGACUACCGGCAUCCGAGCCCGUCAACCGGCGUUCACGAUGUGAGCCGGAGCGAUUAAUACAUGCGGUCCAGAGUUCCAGCGAGAUUGUGUCAGAUUGGGUUACAUGGUGGGCAGUUGUGAGAAGGUUGGGACUUGGUGUUUCAAGUCGCAUCACGUGUCAUUGAUUUGGUGAUAAGAUAAUCUGCAAGUUGUUCUCGACAAUCAUGGCUGGAUCGAAAUUCGCCCAUGGUGCGGAACUUUGAGCUUCCUGAUCCUCUACUACCUAGGAACUACAGGGUGCUCAGACUCGACGAGCACUCUUUUCAUCGUUUCUCAGACGAACACGGUUUCACGAAACCGAACGAUGCAUGACCUCUGAAACCCAUGGAUCAUGCUGCUCGCGAUCUCAUGGAUCAGCACGUUGACAUUGUCCUCUCAUUCGGCGAAUUGGAUGAGAUGAGGUGGGCGCAAAUACCCAGUCCUGAUAUCUCAAUUCUGGCACUUCGGCGCUGGCUUCCUGCUAAGAAAGUCAGGCUCAUUUUAAAAACGGAGAGAAGCCAAGAUACUCUCGACGCUCGCCUCGUUCUUCACCUCGUCCUACGUGUUCCACUGCACGACAUACUGUCCAGACACACUACUAAAAUAUCUCCCAUCGUUCGAUGGCAGAAUCGUUCUGUAUCCCAGUGAAACCCAGAUCAGAGACUACUUUUCGUGGCGGCAAACAGACAGUGAGUAACUUACGGUCGAGGCUGUGGAGGGCGCCACACUCAGCGCACAUCAACAAUCUGUAAAAUACCGCCUUCUGGGUCCAACGGGGCGGAGAGAGCACCACCCAGGCCCAUUCUGUGCUGAAGGUGAGCUCUCAGUGUCCAUUGCAACAGCGAUCGUAUCGCUUAAGGUCUUUUGCAGGGAACGCUGUCGAAACAAAAGCACGAGCGCUUAUUUUCUCGAUUCCAGAUCAACUACAACGCUCUGGAUGCUCGAUUCCGCAAGGACAGUGUCCUCGUACGAGGAGAUCCCUAGUUCUAAAGCCGAUCCCUCGCGUGAAGUGAAGCCGGAAAAUCGAAGAGUCGGACUAGGAUCGUUACCUUCCUCAGAUGCCAAGUUGCGAGAUCUCCAGACUAUUCAGGAACAAAUCUGCCCUUGGAUCUCCAUGCCAAAUCUUGGGAAGUGUCGACGAUGAAUGAAUUAAUCAAGUUGCAUGCGAUGAAGACGGCUGCAAUUGAAGAACCUGUAGCAAAACGAUAAGCCUCAACAGGCGCAAGCUGUCGACUGACUGUUCUAGAUCACUCCAGAGUCCUAUGAGCAAUCAUUGGAGCUGUUGAGGCUUGACCGGUGCCUCAAAUCCACCGGCGGAGGACCAAAGCUAGGAGCAAACUGAAUGUUGGCAUAAUCCAACUCAACUUCCUCCGAAUCGCAUGCGGUCCCGUAGAGAUACUCGCUGAAGAGGAAAUUUGGAGCAGAGUCCGCCUCGAUACAUCACGCUUGACUGUGACCUGAGAAUUAAGUUGAGAGCGGGUCCCGGCUCGGUUCAUCACGCGGAUCAUCAUUAAUCUGACUUGCACCGACUCAGAUUGAACGCUUUGAUUCCUGGAACCGCUACAUACUCCCUCACAAUCGUCCUUCUGAUUCAACAGCACGUCUUAGAAUCCAGCCAAAUGUCCAACGAAGAGCACGAUCUCACCACGAUCUCGGGCGUCAAGGCUUACCUGGAGCCCACCCACUUCAAGGCCGCGGAUGUGCACGUCCUCGCGGGAGGGCACGGAAAUUUCACCUACCGCCUCUUUCUGCAGACCCCGCUUGACGGCCGCGCGACGGUGGUCAUGAAACACUCGAAGUCGUAUUCCGCGACGAAUCCGCAGUUCUCGCUGGAUCUGGCGCGCCAGACCUUCGAGGCACGCGCUCUACGGCAAGUCAGCGCCAAUGUCGCGUCCCUUCCGGCGCGCGUCCCCGCCGUCCACCUCUUCGACGAGGACAAGCACGUCAUCAUCAUGGACGACGCGGGGACUGAAUCGACGACACUGAAGAGCCUGUUCCUCUCCACGAAUCCGCCUCCCGCCCCGCUGGCACGCGACAUCGGGUCCGCGAUCGGACAGUUCCUCGGCCGCCUCCACUCGUGGGGGAGCGGGAACGACGCGGCGAUGGAUGAGUUCGCGGGCAACGACCUGGGCAAGAGGAUCACCAGCUGGAUAACGUACGGGAUGAUCCUCCCGACGCUCACGACCACCGAAGUCCCCGCCGUGGCGCUCCUCCCGGAGCCCGUCUCCGCCUCGGAUCUCGCGAACCUGCGCGCCCUCGUCGAGAAGCGCACGGACCAGAUCCACCGCGCCCGCGAAACGCUCACGAUGGGCGACUUCUGGACCGGCAACAUCAUGGUGCUGCUGGCCGACGCACAGGUCGACCGCAUCACCGUCGUCGACUGGGAGCUCGUUAAGCCCGGCGUCGCGGCGCUCGAUGUCGCGCAGUUCUGCGCCGAGAUGUUCGCGGUGGUUCUCUUCGCUGACGAGGGCUCGGUUGCCCAGGACUCGGCACGCGUGCUAAUCGACGCGUUUUUGACGGCGUAUGCGGGAGCAUAUACCGUGAAGCAUGGGGUAGAUGGGGAGAACAGAGCGACCGUGGCCGCGAGACACUUGGGGGCGCAUCUUCUGACGAUCACAACUCGGUACGGUUGGGGGAGCACACCGGAAGAAACGUUCAGAGCUGUCAAAACGGGCCUCGAGUAUCUACAACACGGCCAAGACGAGGACUGGGUUCGCAACAAGUCGAUUUUUGCACCGUUAUUAUGAUGCAGGCUCAGAAAUUAGGACUCAAUGGAGAACAACUGUAUCAUUUGCAAGUCUGCCAAUGCCGGAACUGGGGACUCACCACAAAACGCGGUCACGUGCGCCGAUUGAGAUUGAACUUGAGCUUGUCCGUGCGACCCGAGUUUUGAUCUCCAACGGCUUUGAUUGCGGGGUUCCCUCAACCCAAUCGUACGAGCAUGACACCUGCGGCGACUGGUCCUGAUAAGGAUCCCAGUGGAGUGCGAGGUCGGGAUAUGGCCUGGACGCAUAGCGGGGACGGAAAUCUGCCGGUGGAGCGAGCGUAUAUGGCAAACUACCGCAUCCGAGUUCCCCCGUCCUACCACCUGGCAGGAUCGAAAUUUGUUCCCAGUCGUUCCAGGACCGGCUGGGUGAAACGUCAUCCAGUGAAGUGGCGGGAGGGACCGUGAUGGCGCUGGGCACAGUACGCGUCAGCGACCACCGGAGAUAAUCCGAGUCGACGCUUUCGUUGAGCACCGUGCUCGUGUUGUAUUCGCACACCAGCCCCUUCUCGGUGCACCGUCGACAAGUGGGCGAAAUAUUCCGCACAUCCGGAGGGCUGCACUGGACGACAGCAUAGACGCAAAUCAAGUUCAGCUCCCCGCUAGAUAAAGAAGCUGACGCACCCGGACUUUGCGCUGACGGCAGUGCCUGCAGGCUACGACUGUGCGCCGGGGAGCUCUGAAACGAGCGGUUAUGGUUGCUGAGGACAUGUUCAAGUUGGAUGAGAAAUGAGCGGG